AUCGCGUCCAUAGAACAGGACAGUCAGAGCAACAGCUCAGAUACCCUUUCUGGCCAGUUCUAAGGCAACAGCAGCCCAACGUCCAAGGAUCACAAUGCAGUAUUAUAUUCCUACCGAUGUUGCCCCUCCAGUUCAGGGAAUGAUGCCAUAUCCUACUCAGCCAUUUCCUCGAUUCUUUGUGAUUCGCCCUGACCAUACUGCUGUUCCCUUAGUAGCACUUGACGAGCUACCAUCUUGGCUACAAGUUGGAAAUUGGAAUUGGAGCGACCCGAUGUUGUUUCAAUCGAUGGGCCCAGCGAGCCUUGUCCCCGUACCUCGAAUUGGAGAAUACGACGUUGUUUGUUAUCAUUGCUGUUCGAACUUGGACAUUAUCCAAAGAAGUGUUUCAGAGGAGAGCGACAAGUCUAGUCCCCAUACAGAUGAUCGAAAGUCUUGCUUAACGUACCCUGGCGCUCUGCCUUCCCCAGCCCGACAUCGCUACCAGGUCCGACCUACAUCUGCCCUCAGUCUACCACACAGCACAGCCGGAGGUCUACCUUAUCGUUCUUGCAAUUCGAAUCCCAAGUUAUGCAUCGUUGACACUGCAGAGGCUCUUAAUCCAGAGGCCACAGUCUUUGACCCAACAUAUGCCACGAGACCCGAAGUACCUCGACAUGAUGAUCCUUUGCUUAUUGUAAAAUCUUUACCUACCACUGUGUCCUCUUCACCAACCACCGCAUUCAGUUUUGAAAGUGUCAGUACCCGCUCUCAUGGACAAAGUUCGCUGUCGACCAGCAGCAUGGACGCCGCAGUUGCACGCCUCAGGGAGAUUAUAGGCAUCGGCGAGAAAGAUGUGAUAAGCUUUCCAAAUUCAGGUACAACUUCACCCGGCUCAGCGCCUGUGAAGGCCUCUAAUACCCUUUCUACGAAUCCCAUGCAUGUUUCUGGCAAUGGAAAUCUAAGACCUCGCUCGUCCACUGAAGAUACAAAUCGCAUUUCUGAGGAGAAGUCAGCAUCUGGAGAACGUCCUUCCUUGGUACAUGGAAAGUCUAAUGGCAGUUGGAAAGGAAACAAUGGCACUGCUCGAGGUCGCCGGGGUCGCAAGAGAUCCCCAAAGAAGGAGAGAACGCAUGGUGAAACUGGCACUGAAAUAGACAACUCUCAAGGUAGCCAGCAAAGUUCUCCUGUUAAAAAACAUGCAAAGAAAGCGAAUGCAGCCCAGAACAAGACCAACUCGGCAUAUGGAAGUCGGUACUGGCACAUGAUGACGAUGCCGAACUGGCGCGAUAAGACUCCACAGAGGUAGUUUGGGUCCAUGGCAAAGGUUAUUGAUGGGGGCU